GCUACAAAUUGGGGUGCCAGGGUCUCCAGGGAGCUUCUGGGGGCUUCUGCUGCAGGAGGUGGUGACUCCCUAGGGGAGGGAAGCAGCAGAAAUGGCUUCAAUGACGGACCAGCAGGCUGAAGCCCGCGCCUUCCUCAGCGAGGAGAUGAUUGCGGAGUUCAAGGCCGCCUUCGACAUGUUUGAUGCGGACGGUGGCGGGGACAUCAGCACCAAGGAGUUGGGGACGGUGAUGAGGAUGCUGGGCCAGAACCCCACCAAAGAGGAGUUGGAUGCCAUCAUAGAGGAGGUGGACGAGGAUGGCAGCGGUACCAUCGACUUUGAGGAGUUCUUGGUCAUGAUGGUGCGCCAGAUGAAAGAGGAUGCCAAGGGCAAGUCUGAGGAGGAGUUGGCCAACUGCUUCCGCAUCUUCGACCGGAACGCGGAUGGGUUCAUCGACAUCGAGGAGCUGGGGGAGAUCCUGAGGGCUACCGGGGAGCCUGUCACAGAUGAGGACAUAGAGGACAUGAUGAAGGACUCGGACAAGAACAAUGAUGGCCGCAUUGACUUUGAUGAGUUCCUGAAGAUGAUGGAGGGUGUGCAGUAAGGGACCAGACAUUCCUCGGGCCGGCCGCUGCGCCCAGCCCUGCUCCACCGCUGCCCAGGGAGCAGCAGCUCCGCAGCGCCCGGUCCCCGGCCACCCGUGCGGGCUGGGACCCCCCUGCCCUGCGCAGGGGCACCCAUCUCACCCCGCUGCCGGCGGCCGAGCCUUUCCUCCCGUCUGUUGCGUGUGGUUUCGGUCUGAGCCUCAAUAAAAGGGGAAAGGCUUGA